AUGUCUACCAACGACGACCCCAAAUACGACGACAUCGGGUCCGAGUCUGACUCCGGAGAGUCUGUCGGCCACAACGAGGCUGCUGAUGAGAAGCCCCUCAAGUCGGCUCUCAAGAAGUCCAACCCAGCUAUCGCCGAGCCCGCCGCUCAAAGACCUCCUCUGCCCCCCCAAACCGAGCCCAAAGACCUCGACGUCGCCAGCUUGACUCCUUUGACACCCGAGAUUAUCGCCCGACAAGCUACCAUCAACAUUGGUACCAUCGGUCACGUCGCUCACGGAAAGUCCACCGUCGUCAAGGCCAUCUCUGGUGUCCAGACUGUUCGUUUCAAGAACGAGUUGAUCCGAAACAUUACCAUCAAGUUGGGUUACGCCAACGCCAAGAUCUACAAGUGUGAUAACCAGGCCUGCCCUCGCCCUGGAUGCUACCGAAGUUACAAGAGUGAUAAGGAGGUUGACCCUCCUUGUGAACGAGAUGGAUGCGGCGGCACUUACAGACUAUUGCGACACGUCUCAUUCGUCGAUUGUCCCGGUCACGAUAUUCUCAUGAGCACUAUGUUGUCAGGAGCUGCUGUCAUGGACGCCGCCCUUCUCCUUAUCGCCGGUAACGAAUCUUGCCCUCAGCCCCAGACCUCCGAGCAUUUGGCUGCUAUUGAGAUCAUGAAGCUCGACAAGAUCAUCAUUCUCCAGAACAAGGUCGAUCUUAUGCGGGAAGAGGCUGCCCAGCAGCACUACCAGUCCAUCCUCAAGUUCAUCCGAGGAACUGUUGCUGGCAAGUCCCCAGUCAUCCCCAUCUCUGCUCAGCUCAAGUUCAACAUCGAUGCCGUCAACGAGGCCAUUGUCAACACCAUCCCCGUCCCUCCCAGAGAUUUCAGCAUCGACCCUCACAUGAUUGUCAUUCGAUCAUUCGAUGUCAACAAGCCUGGUUCCGAGAUCGACGAACUCAAGGGUGGUGUUGCUGGUGGUUCCAUUCUCCACGGCGUUAUCAAGCUUGGUGACGAGAUUGAAAUCCGACCUGGUAUCGUCGCCCGAGACGACAACGGUGCCCUCAAGUGUACCCCCAUCUUCAGCCGAGUCGUCUCGCUCAACUCCGAGGCCAACGACCUUAAGUACGCUGUUCCCGGUGGUCUUAUUGGUGUUGGUACCCGAAUCGACCCUACCCUUUGCCGAGCCGAUCGUCUCGUCGGUUUCGUGCUGGGUCUCAAGGGACGCCUUCCCGAGAUUUACAGCGAGAUCGAGGUCAACUUCUACCUCCUCCGUCGUCUUCUCGGUGUCAGGACUGCCGAUGGUAAGCAGGCCAAGGUUGCUAAGCUGGCUAAGAACGAGGUUAUCAUGGUCAACAUCGGUUCCACCUCUACUGGUGCCAAGGUUGCCGCUAUCAAGAACGAUGCUGCCAAGCUUGUCUUGACCAGCCCCGCCUGUACCAACAUCGGCGAGAAGGUUGCUCUCAGCCGACGUAUCGAGAAGCAUUGGCGUCUUAUUGGUUGGGCCACCAUUGCUGCCGGUGUCACACUCGAGCCUAGCACUUCUUAA